AUGAGUAAGCAAAGUGGUGACCCAUCUGUCAUGCCUUCCUCCAUCGCUCUCCUGCAGGAGAGGUUUAGACAGCUGCAGAGAGCAAAAGAGAUGAGAGAGGAGAAAGAACUCCUCAGGCUGUUCUCCAACUCAGAGCCCGCCAACCCGACAACCUUCCAUGAACCAUCCAGAUUGCCUUUUACUUCAGAAUUGAUCCUUCCGCCCAGGCCACCUCUCCAAACCUCUCUCUCCCAGCCACCAAAUUCACAGAGCAAGCAUGCUGACCUCCAGGUCAUUGAGACUCCAGUUUGGGCUAACAAUUUAAGGUCGAGGGAUAGAGUCCCCCACAGAUCAGAUAACCCUGACGAUUCAGAUGUUGACACCUCUCUUCAUCUGUGA